GUUCCUAUAGAUUGAGCUACCCGAGUUGCCCAAGAAGACCAAGCUAGCUUUGCCUCUUCGUUCUCCCAUCUCCGCUUAGUGCUGAAUUCUGCUCGACCUUCCAUCCAUGGCGCGGCUUCUGCUGGCGUUUGCGCUUCUUCUUGUGGGACCGGUGGUGGAUGCGGCGACCGCAAACUACAAGUUCACAGUGGGGAGUAUGCGAAUCAGUCAGCUAUGCAGCAGCACUAACAUUAUUGCGGUGAAUGGCCAACUGCCAGGCCCGGCGAUAGAAGUGAACGAAGGAGACGCGGUUGCCGUCAAAGUCAUCAACGCUUCACCGUACAACUUAACCAUCCACUGGCAUGGUGUGCUCCAGCUAAUGACACCGUGGGCGGACGGGCCGAGCAUGGUGACGCAGUGCCCGAUCCAGCCGAACAGCUCGUACACGUACCGGUUCAACGUUCCCGGGCAGGAAGGCACGCUGUGGUGGCACGCGCACUCCUCCUUCCUGCGCGCGACGGUGUACGGCGCCUUCAUCAUCAGGCCAAGGAGCGGCAACUCCUACCCCUUCCCGGCGCCGGACAAAGAAGUCCCCAUCGUACUAGGUGAGUGGUGGAACCGGAAUGUGGUCAAUGUCGAGAGCGACGCCAUCUUGGCCGGUCAGCUUCCCACACAGUCCGACGCGUUCACCGUUAACGGCAAAACUGGCCAGCUCUACCAGUGCGCAAAUGAGACGUUUACGGUGGACGUGGCACCCAACACGAGGGUGCUGCUCCGGGUCAUCAACGCCGGCCUCAACUCGCACCUCUUCCUCAAGCUGGCCGGGCACAACUUCACCGUCGUCGCCGUGGACGCGGGCUACACCUCCAACUUCAACACGGACACGCUCGUGCUCGCGCCGGGGCAAACCGUGGACGCGCUCGUGUCCACCAACGCCGCGCCGGGGAGCUACUACAUGGCGGUGCAGGCGCACGACACCCUGACCCCGUCGACGAUGGCCGCCUCCGACGCCACCACCGCCACGGCGAUCCUGCGAUACAACGGCACGUCGACCAACCCGCCCGCGAUGCCCACCAUGCCGGUUAGCUCGGACUCCUCAACGGCCAACGCAUUCUACUUCGGGCUGAGGGGCCUGGCCACGCCCGGAGCGCCGGCCGUGCCGUCGAAGGUGGACGUGAGCAUGACCAUCGAGCUGGGGCUCGGCCAGAUGCCGUGCGACCCGUCACAGACAAAAUGCAACGGGAGCGCCGCGGCGGCGGCGAUGAACGGCGUGUCGUUCCGCCUCCCGCCGCCGCAGACGUCCCUCCUGGGGGCACACGUCAACGGCAUGUCGGGUGUCUACACGGCCGACUUCCCGGACGGCCCGCCGCCGAGCGGCACGCCGAUGGCUGUGGGGACCAAGGUGAAGAAGCUCAAGUACAACUCGGUGGUAGAGAUCGUGCUGCAGAACCCGACCGCCGUCCCGACGGAGAACCACCCGAUCCACCUCCACGGCUUCAACUUCUUCGUGCUGGCGCAGGGGAUCGGCAAUUUCACCCCGGGCGCCGGCUACAACCUGGUCGACCCGGUGGCGCGCAACACCAUCGCCGUGCCGGGCGGCGGGUGGGCCGUGAUCCGCUUCGUCGCCAACAAUCCAGGCAUGUGGUUCUUUCACUGCCACCUGGACCCGCACGUGCCCAUGGGCCUCGGCAUGGUGUUUCAAGUGGAGAGCGGGAGGAUGCGCGGCUCGACCCUGCCUCCGCCGCCUGCUGAUUGGGUAGGAGUAUGUGACCCGCAGCACUACGCAGCCGCGGUGGAAGCGGCGGCGCCGGCGCCGGCUCCGGCGCCAGCGCCAGCACCAGCACCAGCAGAAUCGCCGCGGGCGGUGGAACCACCGCGCACGGUGGAUCGCAAACCGUCGCCCACUCUUCCCCAGCGCAGGGAGCACACGCUUCCCUCUGCUAAUUCCGCUGCUGGACCGAAAGCUAUUGGGCAUCUCACUUGUUUCUUCUGUUUUAUUCUUCUUUUCUUUGUUCUUCGUGAGCAGAAGGCCUAGUGCAUGUUAAGCUUAUACUUAUACCCGCCCAAAGAUUUGCAGUUUGUUUACAUGUAAGUAAAAGUGAGCAUUGUUUUUGUUUUUAAACUUUUGUCAAUGUGUAUAUGAAUUUGAUUUGAUGUAAUUGUGCUCUUCAUUCUCCUCCCCAACCAAGGGAAGAUGUGCAUAACAAAGUUCGAAGUUCAGAUCGUUUGACUA